AUGUCUGAAAAGAAGAAUAACAAAAAAAAAAAAAAAAAGUUGAUAUUAGUCCAAGAGAAUGGAGUAAGGACCAAUUCGUUAGACAAUUAUACAGGCUUAGGUACCUGCAUAUUUUUUCGCUUUCAUAAAAAUAAAAAGACACAAGAAAAAUAUUACGGCUAUUUCUUAGAAGGAAAAAAACAUGGAUACGGCCAAUAUAUAUAUUAUAAUGGGGAUGUGUAUAAAGGGACGUAUGAGCAUGGUAAGAAAAGCGGUAUAGGUACAUAUAUUUAUAAUAUUGAUAAGAAAAGAAAAAAAAAGAAAAAUGAAAAAAUAAAAGUAAGCGAUGAUAAAGAAAGUGAUGAUAAAGAAAGUGAUGAUAAAGAAAGUGAUGAUAAAGAAAGUGAUGAUAAAGAAAGUGAUGAUAAAGAAAGUGAUGAUAAGGAAAGUGACGAUAAGGAAAGAGACGAUAACGAAAGUGACGAUAAAGAAAGUGAUGAUAAAGAAAGUGAUGAUAAAGAAAGUGAUGAUAAAGAAAGUGAUGAUAACGAAAGUGACGAUAACGAAAGUGAUGAUAACGAAAGUGACGAUAACGAAAGUGAUGGUAAUGAAAAUCAUGAGGAGGAUAAAUCCGAUUCUGAAUUAUUUAAAAAAAAUAAAUUCUCCAAAGAAUUAAUGGCACAUAUAAAAAAUAUGAAUAAAAAAAAAAAGGAAAAGAAGAAAAUAAUUAAACUGCCUUUAGAAAGGGAAAGUUGUUAUUACUAUGGGAAUUAUAUCAACGGCUUAAAACACAAUGAAGGUAUGAUGGUAUAUGAGAACGGAGAUGUCUAUAUAGGAAUGUGGAAAUUCGGAGAGAAAAAUGGACAUGGUAAAUAUAUAUAUAAGAAAUGUAAGAGUAUAUUAGAAGGUAAUUGGGUUGAGGGAUAUUUAUCAUAUGGAAAGUGGACUCUUCCAAAUG